AUGGGAGUGGUCGGUGACCAGGGGGUCGGCAAAUCCAGGCUCAUCCAUCAGUACCUUUGGGGGAAGUUCAUGGAUGAUUACCAAGAUGAGUGUAUCUAUCAGAAACUCAUUGUCAUUGGUCCGGCGACGAUUGACCUCAAAAUCAUCGGGAUCCAGGCGUCUCAAUGCAAAAUUCUGAAAUACGAUGCGGUGAUAUUUGUCUUCGACACACAAGUCUCGUCAACUUUGGACAUGAUAGAGGCGUACACAGAACGCCUGGACACCCUCCAACAAUGUCCCUCUCACGCCUUAGUUGGGACGAAAACAGACUGCGACCCGCAGCAGGUUCGUUUCGAGACUGGUUCCGCCCUCGCAGAAGCCCUAUGUGCUGAAUAUUCUCACCUGUCGGCCUUCAACGAGGUCAAAGUCCAACACUUGUUUGAUAUCAUUCUUCGUCAACGGAUUGACGGCUAACGGCCUGCAGUUCAACAAAGCUCCCGCAUCAAAAGUGGUUCAAAC